AACAACAAAAAAAAUGCUAAUCGAUUCAAUAAUUUUCAAUAAUUUACAACAAAUUGAUUUUAUCGGAAUAAAUUAUCUUAUCAAAUGGAUAAUUAUUUCAUUUAUAAUUAUAAUGUUAACAACACCAUUCAUUUAUGUUUUAAUGUUUUAUUUAUGUAGUUUAAUAUUACAUUUUUAUCGUUUAAUAUUGAAUCCAUAUUAUUAUCAUUGUUUUAUGGAUAAUGGUGAAAAUCAAUCAGUAUUCAAUAAUGAUGAUGAACAUUAUCAACAAUGGAUGCGACCGGCUUUAUUAAUAGCCAAAAUUUUCAACAUUGUUGGCCGUAUAUGGCAUGGUUAUGAAAUUAUCGGUUACGAAAGAAUACCCAAAAAUGGUUCAGCCAUUCUAGUAUUUUAUCAUUCAACAUUACCGAAUGAUAUUUAUUAUAUAAUUGCUAAAAUAUUUUCAAUACAAAAACGUAAAUUUUAUACAAUUAUUGAUCGUAUUGUAACAAUGGUACCUGGUUGGUCAUUAUUUUUAAAUGUUUUAUGUAUAACACCUGGUACAAUUGAUGAUUGUGUUGAUAUUAUUAAUCGUGGUAAUAUGCUUUUAUUAGCACCUGGUGGUUUACGUGAAGCCAUGUUUAGUGAUGAAAAUUAUCAGCUAAUAUGGAAUAAUCGUUAUGGUUUUGCACGUAUUGCACGCCGUACAAAUGUACCAAUAAUACCUGUAUUUACAAAAAAUUCACGUGAAUCAUUUCGUUGUUUACCAAUUUUACCACGUUGGUUAUGUCGUCAAAUUUAUGAUCGUUAUAAAAUACCAAUAUUUUGGCCAUUUGGUGGUUUACCAGUUAAAUUGACCACCAUAAUUGGUGAACCGAUUCAUUUUCCACCAGAAAUGACAGUAGCUGAAAUUGCUGAAUUGACGGCCAAAAAAAUGGAAGAAUUAAUCGAACGACAUCAAACACGUCCAGGUUCAAUGUGGAAAGCUUUACAGCAACGUUUUUCCUGAAAAAUUUUUUCCCUCCAAACUUCCCUCCAAAAAAAAGAAGAAUUUCUUAUCAUCGAAAUCAAAUUUACCGGAAAAUAUGUUUGAUUAUUCAUUUGUCGGUG